ACUCUAGCGAUGACAUCCUCCUCCUCCUCCCCGCCGCCUUUCGGCAAUCUUCGCCAGUCCCAGCCCCGACCAAUCUGCCCUCAGAUGGCAUGGAUCAGGGUCUUCCCCUGAACCCCGGUCCGCGCGGGGCGUCAGGCGGCAGCGGCGGGGUGCGAGCUACACGAGGCCGACAGCAGCGGCACUGCGGACGGCCACGGGCUGGCGACGAGCAGUGAGCGUGGGCGGGGCGGGGGUAAGCCCAAUGAGUAGCGGCUCGAUUGUUCUGGCCUGGCUAUGGCGCCUCUCCUCCCCCCCGCCAUGGCUCCCCGUGUCCCUGCUCCGCUCCUCUCAGUGAGUGAAAGUGGCCGCCGCCGCCGCCGGCCCAGCGCCCGCAGCCGCCUCAGCGCCGCCGCCAUCUUGGGGUCCCAGGAGCCGCCGAAGGAGCGAGCUAGGAGCGUCCACGCCCAACGCAGUCACCGUCCCACGGCCUCAGAGAGCGAACCGCGGCUCCACCGUCGGCGGGGCGACCCCCCCCUCCGGACCCCGCCCGCACCCCGCCCCCCCUCCGCCGCCGCCGCGGCGGCGGGGCCCGGCGGCCCGAGCCGUGUAGUCGGAAACCCUUGUGCAUGAAGACAGAUUUGUUCUAUGGCCUCGGAGUUGGGUGCCGGGGACGAUGGCGGCUGCACUGAGCUGGCAAAGCCCCUCUACCUUCAAUACCUGGAGAGGGCCCUCCGAUUGGACCAUUUCCUGCGACAAACAUCAGCCAUCUUCAACAGGAAUAUUUCUAGUGAUGAAAGUGAAGAUGGACUGGAUGACAGUAAUCCUCUAUUGCCUCAGUCUGGAGAUCCCUUGAUACAAGUUAAGGAAGAACCUCCAAAUUCAUUGCUUGGUGAGACUUCUGGAGCAAGCACUUCUGAAAUGUUAAACACAUACUCAUUGAAUGGAGUUCUACAGUCAGAAUCAAAAUUUGACAAAGGGAAUUUAUAUAACUUCUCUAAGUUGAAGAAAAGCAGAAAGUGGCUAAAGAGCAUCCUGCUGAGUGAUGAAUCCAGUGAGGCAGAUUCUCAUAGUGAAGACAACGAUGAAGGAGAAGAAGAAGAUGAUGACGAAGAGGAAGAACUCAGUCUCAGCAGAGAAGAUCUUCAUAAUAUGUUGCGACUGCACAAAUAUAAGAAACUUCACCAGAAUAAGUAUAGUAAAGAGAAGGAGUUGCAGCAAUACCAAUACUACAGUGCAGGGCUGCUCUCCACCUAUGACCCUUUCUAUGAGCAGCAGCGGCACCUUCUAGGACCCAAAAAAAAGAAAUUUAAGGAAGAAAAGAAACUUAAAGCUAAGUUGAAAAAAGUGAAGAAGAAAAGGCGAAGAGAUGAAGAACUUUCCUCUGAAGAAUCCCCUCGUCGCCACCACCACCAGACCAAAGUCUUUGCCAAGUUCUCUCAUGAUGCACCUCCUCCUGGCACCAAGAAGAAGCACUUAUCCAUUGAGCAGCUCAAUGCCCGUCGCAGGAAAGUGUGGCUCAGCAUUGUGAAAAAGGAACUACCAAAGGCCAACAAGCAGAAAGCUUCAGCUCGUAACUUGUUUCUCACCAAUAGCCGCAAGCUCGCCCACCAAUGCAUGAAGGAGGUGCGUCGAGCCGCCUUGCAGGCCCAAAAAAACUGUAAGGAGACUUUACCUCGUGCCCGCCGCCUCACCAAGGAAAUGCUUCUAUACUGGAAGAAGUAUGAGAAAGUGGAGAAGGAACACCGCAAACGUGCAGAGAAGGAAGCCUUGGAGCAGCGGAAGUUGGAUGAAGAAAUGCGGGAGGCUAAGAGGCAACAGCGAAAACUGAACUUCCUGAUCACCCAGACAGAGUUGUAUGCCCAUUUCAUGAGUCGUAAACGAGACAUGGGUCAUGAUGGGAUCCAGGAAGAAAUCUUAAGGAAACUGGAAGAUAGUUCUGCACAGAGACAAAUUGACAUUGGCGGAGGGGUGGUAGUUAACAUCACACAGGAGGAUUAUGAUAGUAACCAUUUCAAAGCCCAGGCCCUAAAGAAUGCUGAAAAUGCUUAUCAUAUUCAUCAGGCUCGGACAAGGUCAUUUGAUGAAGAUGCAAAAGAAAGUCGAGCAGCUGCCCUAAGGGCAGCAAACAAGUCUGGCACUGGGUUUGGGGAGAGUUAUAGCCUGGCAAACCCAUCUAUCCGGGCUGGUGAGGAUAUUCCACAGCCUACAAUUUUUAAUGGCAAAUUAAAAGGUUAUCAGCUGAAAGGCAUGAAUUGGUUGGCAAAUCUCUAUGAACAGGGUAUUAAUGGCAUUCUUGCAGAUGAAAUGGGCCUUGGUAAAACAGUACAGAGCAUUGCCCUCCUGGCCCAUCUGGCUGAGAGAGAGAACAUUUGGGGACCUUUCUUAAUAAUUUCGCCUGCAUCCACACUUAACAAUUGGCACCAGGAGUUUACUAGAUUUGUUCCUAAAUUUAAGGUGCUACCAUAUUGGGGAAAUCCUCAUGACAGAAAAGUCAUCAGGAGGUUUUGGAGUCAGAAGACCCUCUACACUCAGGAUGCCCCCUUCCAUGUGGUUAUCACCAGUUACCAGCUGGUGGUACAGGAUGUAAAGUAUUUCCAGCGAGUCAAGUGGCAGUACAUGGUAUUGGAUGAGGCUCAGGCACUCAAGAGUAGUUCCAGUGUUCGUUGGAAGAUACUCUUGCAGUUUCAGUGUCGGAAUCGGCUUUUGCUAACUGGGACCCCCAUUCAGAACACCAUGGCAGAGCUCUGGGCUCUGUUGCAUUUCAUUAUGCCAACGUUAUUUGAUUCACAUGAAGAAUUUAAUGAAUGGUUUUCCAAGGACAUUGAGAGCCAUGCCGAAAACAAAUCUGCCAUAGAUGAGAAUCAACUCUCUCGCUUACACAUGAUAUUGAAGCCAUUUAUGCUGAGGAGAAUCAAGAAAGAUGUGGAAAAUGAAUUGUCUGACAAGAUUGAGAUUCUAAUGUAUUGCCAACUGACCAGCCGACAGAAACUGCUGUAUCAGGCACUGAAGAACAAAAUUUCCAUUGAAGAUUUAUUGCAGUCUUCUAUGGGCUCUACCCAGCAAGCACAGACAACCACCAGCAGCCUCAUGAAUCUAGUCAUGCAGUUUAGGAAGGUAUGUAAUCACCCAGAAUUAUUUGAACGACAAGAAACUUGGUCUCCAUUUCAUAUUUCCCUAAAGCCAUACCAGAUUUCAAAGUUUAUCUACCGUCACGGACAGAUCAGGGUCUUCAACCAUUCACGAGACAGGUGGUUAAGGGUUCUUCUUUCUCCAUUUGCACCAGACUAUAUCCAACAGUCUCUCUUUCACAGAAAAGGUGUUAAUGAAGAAAGCUGUUUCUCUUUCCUUCGCUUUAUUGAUGUAUCUCCAGCUGAAAUGGCAAACCUCAUGCUUCAGGGACUUUUAGCCAGAUGGUUAGCUCUUUUCCUGUCUCUGAAAGCCUCCUACAGGCUCCAUCAGCUGCGCUCCUGGGGAGAGCCGGAAGGGGAGAGCCAGGAGAAAUAUCUGAGAAACAAGGAUUUCCUUCUUGGGGUUAAUUUUCCACUCUCCUUUCCCAACCUUUCCAGCUGCCCUUUGUUAAAGUCUCUGGUUUUCAGCAGCCACUGUAAAGCAGUGAGUGGCUACUCAGACCAGGUCAUCCAUCAGCGGAGAUCAGCUACCUCCUCGCUUCGUUGCUGCCUGCUCACUGAGCUGCCAUCUUUUUUGUGUGUGGCCAGUCCACGACUUUUGACUUUUCACCUCAAGAACAUGGACCCAAAGUUUUUAUAUAAUUCCAAUGUCACCGCAGUGCCAUUGGAUUCUUACUGCAAUGACCGAAGUGCAGAAUAUGAGCGGCGAGUGCUGAAGGAAGGAGGGAGUCUGGCAGCCAAGCAGUGUUUGUUGAAUGGGGCCCCUGAACUGGCGGCAGACUGGCUGAAUCGACGGUCCCAGUUCUUUCCAGAACCAGCUGGAGGACUGUGGAGCAUUAGGCCUCAGAAUGGCUGGUCUUUCAUCAGAAUUCCAGGCAAGGAGAGCCUCAUCACUGACAGUGGAAAGCUGUAUGCCCUUGAUGUCCUGCUGACUCGGCUCAAGUCUCAAGGACAUAGGGUCCUUAUCUACUCCCAGAUGACCAGGAUGAUAGACCUGCUGGAGGAAUAUAUGGUUUACAGGAAGCAUACCUACAUGAGGCUUGAUGGCUCAUCUAAGAUCUCAGAGAGACGGGACAUGGUUGCUGAUUUUCAAACCAGGAAUGACAUUUUUGUGUUCCUGCUAAGUACACGAGCUGGAGGACUGGGUAUCAAUCUGACUGCCGCAGAUACCGUGAUUUUUUAUGAUAGCGAUUGGAACCCCACUGUGGACCAGCAGGCCAUGGACAGGGCCCACCGCUUGGGGCAGACAAAGCAGGUUACCGUCUACCGCCUCAUCUGUAAGGGCACCAUUGAAGAACGCAUUCUGCAGCGAGCCAAGGAGAAGAGCGAGAUUCAACGGAUGGUGAUUUCUGGUGGAAACUUCAAACCAGAUACCUUGAAACCCAAAGAGGUGGUUAGUCUUCUUCUAGACGAUGAAGAGUUGGAAAAGAAAUUGAGACUCCGGCAAGAAGAGAAACGGCAGCAGGAGGAAACCAACCGAGUUAAAGAACGCAAGCGCAAGCGGGAAAAGUACGCAGAGAAGAAGAAAAAAGAAGACGAAUUGGAUGGCAAAAGGAGAAAGGAGGGUAUGAACCUGGUGAUCCCAUUUGUUCCCUCAGCUGAUAACUCCAAUCUCUCUGCGGAUGGGGACGACUCCUUCAUCAGCGUGGACUCAGCCAUGCCCAGCCCUUUCAGUGAGAUCUCCAUCAGCAGUGAGCUGCACACCGGCUCCAUUCCCCCGGACGAGAGCAGCAGCGACAUGCUGGUCAUUGUGGAUGACCCCGCCUCCUCAGCCCCUCAGUCCCGAGCCACCAACUCCCCUGCUUCCAUGACGGGCUCUGUCUCAGACACUGUGAAUGGGAUUUCCAUUCAGGAAAUGCCAGCCGCAGGACGUGGUCAUUCAGCCCGAAGCCGAGGCCGCCCUAAAGGUUCGGGAAGCACAGCCAAAGGAGCCGGAAAGGGCCGGAGCCGAAAGUCCACUGCAGGCAGUGCUGCCGCCAUGGCAGGAGCCAAAGCAGGGGCUGCCGCAGCCUCCGCCGCUGCCUAUGCUGCAUACGGGUACAACGUGUCUAAAGGAAUCUCCGCCAGCAGUCCUCUGCAGACAUCCCUCGUUCGGCCUGCUGGCCUUGCUGACUUUGGACCUUCAAGCGCCUCUUCUCCCUUGAGCUCCCCUUUAGGCAAAGGAAAUAAUCUUCCUGGGACUCCCAAGAGCCUCCACUUGACCAGCAGCCUAGCCCCAGACUCCCUGGUCCGGAAACAGGGCAAAGGCGCCAAGCCCUCGGGAGGACGGUAACCACCUGGCCCUCUAGCUUCCUUCAGCCACUCCGGGGGCUCACGCCCUGGCCUUCAGGUGGUCUUUGGAUAGCUUGCCCAGUGCAGCAUCUUCCAUCCCAAGCCACGGGGCAGCAAGGACCAGUUGCAACAAGGGAAAGACAGGCAGGUGGCUGGUGUGAGGACUUGGAUCAUCCAUGUCUCAAGAGGAAUGCUCUGGGGUUGCCUGUAGGAAAAAGGCCCAAGGACAGGGAUCAGACCCACAGCCUCUCAAAGGACCUUAUAGGCAAGUCUUAAACCUCACACUGGGGAAGGGCUGACAGAGACCCCGUCUCGAUGCUCAGGCACAUAGUCUCCAUCCCCAUUCCACUCUUCAGCUCUGGCCAUGUCCCUUGCAAAGGCUCUACAAGUGCUGUGAAGAGCCUUCCACGGUGGAGACUUCUCUUAGGGCUGUGAUUUCCUGGGGGGCUCGGAAGGGAGGAAAUCAUGUAGUUGGCGUUCUCAGUUGUUGAGCAACCCAAGUCUCCAAACCCAUUCACCAGAGUGUUACGGCUGAGGAGAGCAGCAAAUGCAGGACAAGGUGGCGGCUGUGAGGAUGGCACAAGGCUAGAGGCGGCAGGCGUGGAGGCAGUUGUUUCCCAGCAUUUCCUCUCCUGCCCUGCAUGGUUCGCAUCAGAGAACCUUCAGGUCCCACCAGCAAAAGUAGCCGCAGCUCCCACCCUGGGACUCCCAGAAGCCAGUAAGAGACCAGGAGCCACUCAAUCAGCAGGACAGCCUCACUGCCCCUCUUGCAGGCUCCCCUUGCCCCUCCUGAAUGCACAGUCUCCCCGCCCUUGCCCUUCAGCCCCCUGCUUGGCUGUAUGCACUGUCUGUAUUGCACUGAGAAAGGAAGGGACGGUGGAGAGAGAUGGAGAGGAUGGAGCAAGGGCAGGCUCAGCACCCAUCUCCCAGCCCGGCCCCGCCAGCCCGAGCUCGCUUCCCUUCAGGAGCGGCAAAGGGGUGGUGUUCACAUGGGAGGUGUUUCUGCCUACCCCCAGCCUGAUGUCCCUGGUGGAGCAGGUGCUUCUGGGCGGGUCCGCCUCUAAUUUGCACACCUGAAAAUCGCGGAAUUGAGUUUAGAUAGAUUGAUUUUUUAAACUUUUUUUUUGAGUAGGGGUGGUAGGGGAAUCAUUUAAUUUAAAUCAUUAAGAUUCCCCUGUCCAAACCCAGACUCCUGUGUACAGAUGCUAUUUAGAGGGAAUCAGAAAAAUGCCAAGCCUUUUUUCUCUUUGAAUGUGCUGUCUAUUUUUAUAACUGAACCUGUACAUAUGUAUAAAGAGAGACACAUCUUUCUUUUACUAACUGGAGAAAAUCUUAAAUAAAAUGGAGUGAGAUAAUUUUAUGUAAA